AUGUUCACCUCUGGGGAAAACGCAACCCAUUCGCCAGGUGAUAAGAGCAAGGAUGAUCAAGGAGCUCGGUCGGCUACAAUUUCAACUUCUGAUUCGGCUCAUGCGAAUCGGGACAUCAUUACUACGCUUUUAUCGGAUGGUUUCCGUCUUGCUGUUCUCCACGCUGCCGGGGACAAAGGUCCAUUGUAUCCCAUACAUGUGGGCUUGGAGUCAUACAAGGACACGCACUUCCCUGACUAUGAUGCCAUCUCGUACACAUGGGGCGAUGAGAAUGGCAACUCCGAAUGUUGUCAUCCAAUUUACGUGGGCGGCCACUGGGACAUCAUAUUUCAAACCAGAAACUGUUGCGAUAUGCUCAUAUAUUUACGACCAUCUCGUGGUUUGAAGCUGAUUUGGGUCGACGCGAUCUGCAUCGACCAGAAUAGUACAGACGAGAGAGCUACGCAAGUGGCCGAAAUGGGCCAGAUCUACGCGGCGUAA